AUGGGCCGUGCUUCGGGCUCAGUACACCGCCAAAGCCGCCAUUCGCGGCGGCUCAGCAUGUCCACACGGCACGAGACGUUUGAAGUAAUGACCGGCAAGCCACUGACGGACGAAAUGGAAAAACGAAUUACGCGCAUGGAGCAGAAGUACAGCAACCAUACAGGGCGUGCUUCUGUGCGUUUCUCCGCACUGGAGGCUGCGAGCAUCUUGUUUCCCUCUGCCUCUGACAAGCCGUUGCCAUCCAUUCCUGAUGCGCAACAGUGGCGCGACGGUAUGUUUGACCUGGGCACAGACACAGACGAGCAUGAAGGACGCGAUACGGCGCUCGAUAAGCUCGAAGGAAGGGUAAAGCCAGUGACACCGAUCAAGGAGGAGAUGCCACAGCGCUCAAAUUCGCGCUCUUUCACUCCGUCCUGGCUGCAUACCGAGAAGCCACACGCAUUAGAAGAGGAGACGCGCCGAGAAAGCGACGCCUACCCUGUAUACACGCCAACACAAGUGCCGGCGAAAGUAGACGUGGUCCCCAGCGACGCACCCCUCGACACCCCUGGAGACACCAGCUCCCGGUCGCUUCGGCCUUUGCAGCUGAGCAUGCGCAAUGCGCAAGGCACGCCGCUUUUGCGCGACCGGCGCGAGCCGUCUGAGCCGCCGAAAAUGACAAAAACUUCGAAGCGCAUUUCGGGCAUCCACUACAAAGGGGCCGCUGUGUUUCGCCAAAGUUCUGGCCCGCCGAGCCUCGCCGCCCACGCCGAAGACACAGGCGAGGUGCGCCACUCGAAACUUUGCCGUGCAGCAACGUUUGUCUCUGGAAGCGGGCAGUCCUCCAAAUCUUCUUGGCCACUCACAGAUGCAGCGGAAAGCGGCGUCUUCUCCACGAAAUCCGGAGCGUCGAGCUCGCCCGAAGAUACCAGCGUUGAAUCGACCGAACAGACUCCGAAACGCAGCAUACCCCACGCCGCACCUUCGCGCGUUGCGGACGUCGACUUGCUUUUCGAGCUGGAGCUCGCACGCGAGCGGCACCAACGCGAGCAAGGCGCGCUUCAGCGAGAGCUCGAGGAGGUACGGCACAUGAUGGGUUCGCAGCUUGUCAGUCUGACCAUUGCGCGCGACGCCGCUCAGGAGCGGUGCCACGCGAUCGAGCAGCAGCUUACAUCCGCACAAGAUAAAAUGGAAGAGCUGGAGAGCGAGCGCGAUAUGUACAAGGAAGAUAUCGGCGACUGGCGCACUCGGUGCAGCGAUCUGGAGCAAACGAUCCAGUCGCAGCAGAUGCGUCUCAAGCAGGAGCAAACGUGGCGCCACGCCGCCACGAAUCGGAUGCAGGCGUUGUCGAAUCGGCUCGGCUCCCAGGAGACUUCCUUUGACUCCAACUCGUCGGGCGCGCACAUGUCAGCCACGCAAAGUGGCGGAGCUUCGCAGUCCAGCUCCAUCUUGCUGGAGCUUCCAGCACUCCCCGACCUUCCAGCGAUGCCAUCGGACGACGAACUGGGCGGCUGGUCGAAGCGCGUCGCGCGCCAAAUAUCCAAGCACGCGCCUGUUGACGAUAACUCUGCACUUGCGCCAGAAACGGCGCGCCUUCUCUCCGAUAUGCGCCAGCAGAUCAUGGCGCUUUACUCGGAGCUGCAGCUGGAGCACUCGAAUCACGAGCUCACACGCACGCAGCUCCUUGCUGCCCAGGAGCAAGCAAGUGUGCAGCCAGUCCAGGGGGCAGACACGCGUAAAACAAGCGAUGCGUCUGAUCCGACAAGCACGCCGCGGCCGCCAGAUGCGGCGCCGUCCGAUGCAUACAUGGCGGCGCAGGAAAAGGUGCUGCACCAACGCAUUGCUUCGCAGCAGCAUGCCGAGCCUGCAGACGUUUUGUUCGAGCGCAUGCCGGGGCACCACGCGACAGAAUCGCUCGUCGGCCUCGGGCUCUCGCCCCAAGUCCAGCUUGGGGCACUCGCGAAGCACGAUGCGCAAGCGUCGAAACAUACGCUGGACGAGCCUGCGUGGCCGGAAACAUCCCAGGACAUGUCUUGGCUCGAGGAGGACAAGGCAUGGGAUCCGAGCGGCGUACAAGAGGCCGUGCGCGAAGAUACCAUUGCGCACGCGCAAUCUACUCUGCCAUUGCCACCGCACUCUCCUGCCGACGACGGUGCCUGCACUGGCGAUGCCGGCGAGCUGUUUGUGGACACGUCGUCUGUGUUCAUGGAGGACACGUCGCAUGCGUCUCCUACGCGCAACGAGGAUCCGUGGACCAGUGACGAAGAAUCGCCCAUUGCGCCGCCACGACCUGAAUUCAUUCCCGAAUGGAGCUUUGACCAGGCCAUUUUUGAAGCGUCGCAGGACAUUGAGGUAUACGAAAAGUCGUGCGAUAACCUGUGCGAUAAACAGGCCAAGCGCGGCGCAAAGCGUAUGCAGGCACCGCCCGUCGAAGACUUUUUCGGUAUCCUCGCCCCAAGUGCAGCUCCGCUCCCCCCGCUUCCUCUUCCGACGUACGCGCUGGAAAUGCCGCCGCUGGACCCGGCAAAGCUGCCGCCCAUCCGCUCGCCACAGCCUAAUGCUUUGAAUAGCGCGAAAGCGCCCCCGAGUCUGCGUGCUGGCACGCGCACCCAGCAGCGCUCCCUCCUCGCCAGGGCUGCCUAUUUGGACGAAAAUGCGCCGCGGCCCAUGCAGCAGCUUCCACGACGGCCAAUUCCUGCGCUGGAUUCGCAGUCGCACACCGUGCUGCUUCCCACAGCGCCAGAGGAGCCAGCCAAGGCUGAGUACGUGAUCAAGGCUGAGCAAGCAGACGCACAACGCACCGUGCAGUCGGAGGCCAAGAACGACUUUUUCUCCCAGUUCUUUGGCGGCUUCAAAUCCCCUUGGCUAAAGGAGGAAAAGCCCGUGUCCGAAGACGACCCGGAGUCACACGUAUCGUCCACUCCCACCACACUGAACGCGCCGUUCACUUCGCCGGCGCAGGCACCGUACGAGGACGUUUACCGCACGCCCACCGUCGAUGCACGGCCAUCCCCAAGCAACGCUACGAACAAGGCCACGAAGCUUGUGCCGCUGGACCCACAACAGCGUGUGCCUUUCUCGUCUCCCGUGUGGAGCCUCAACUUCACUACCUCCUCGGCGAAAUCCAAGGCGGACGUACCGUUCAUGAUUUAG